AAACAAACAGUUAUAUACAUUGAAAAACACUUURGGGACAGUCCUGACACCCCAUUUAAUCGAUAAACUACUUGUUGAUGUUGUUGUGUCUAAUUGUGUCGGUGCUGUUGCUGAUGGUGUCGACCGGUAUGAUCGCCGCCGCCGCCGCUGCCGACAAUCUUAACCAAUGCAAGGAAAACGUCCGAUCGAUGACCUCCUGUACGUAUCACAGAUGGGGAAUGGCCGACGGCUAUAAUAAACCACUGGAGGAAUGUUGUGCCGAUCUUGAGAUCUACUGUAUCCGUAAGAAAGUUAGCAAUGAGUGCAAGUUGCCGAUGCUUGACGACUGGCAGGAGGCCUACAAUAACAGUCAGAAACACUGCGCCCACAACAAUGUGAUCGCCGACGAGCCGAAAUGUGURMCCCUAUGGACUCAUCCGGAGUUUCCCUGUGAUUAUGCUGACCAUCACCUAUACUAUCCGUGUCUCAACAGUGACGGCCGACUAUCGCCAAAGUCAACACACUCGGAGGCAGCGGCUGAGUCGGCGGCCAAGUCGUCGGUAAACUGUCCAUCACUGCUGAUGAUGAUGAUCGACAUCGUUAAUAUCGAUAAUGUUAUUGCCCGUUAUGAUAUUUCAAUAUUUAGUGUUAAAUUAGUCGGUAUUUUUGAUUGUCAUAAACGGUUGUUACAGUAA